AUGGCUAGAGGAUUGAAGAAGCAUUUGAAGAGGAUCAAUGCCCCCAAGCAUUGGAGGCUCGACAAGCUCGGUGGUGCUUUUGCUCCUAAGCCCUCAUCUGGACCACACAAGUCAAGGGAAUGCUUGCCACUUAUUCUGAUAUUGCAUAACAGACUCAAGUAUGCUUUGACAUACCGUGAGGUCAUUGCUAUUCUGAUGCAAAGGCAUGUCCUUGUUGAUGGCAAAGUUAGGACUGACAAGGCUUAUCCUGCUGGAUUCAUGGAUGUUGUGUCCAUCCCCAAAACAAACGAGAACUUUCGCCUGCUUUAUGAUACCAAAGGAAAAUUCCAUCUCCAUUCUGUCAGAGAUGACGAGUCAAAGUUCAAGCUCUGCAAGGUCCGUUCAGUGCAAUUUGGGCAGAAAAGGCAUCCCAUACCUGAACACCUAUGA